AUGUCCCUUACUGGCUGGAAAAUUCAGGCCCAGAAAGGCAGAGAUAUUCUUCACAAUUCUAUUCCGAAACAGUGGCUUCUCUCGGCUGAUAGACUCCCUCCGGCUACCCAGAAGAAUGUGACCGACUUCCCGCGACAGAGUGGGCUGCUGAGUGAAAAUGAGCUGGCGAUUACGGAAAUGUCAGCGACGGGACUCGUGGCUGAGAUGGGGCAUGGAAGGCUCAAAGCUGAAGAGGUGGUGGUUGCAUUUCUGAAGCGUGCGGUGUUGGGGCAUCAACUGCUGAAUUUUGCGACGGAAUUCAUGGCUGAUGAAGCUAUUGCUCGGGCCAAAAAGCUGGAUGAAUACUAUCAGCAGACAAGGAAAUUGGUCGGGCCUUUGCAUGGCGUUCCUAUCAGCGUGAAGGAGCACAUUGGGUUCAAGAAUCGGACAUGCAACACUGGUUAUGUUGCCUGGGUCGACAAAGUCACCACCGAAGACGCCCUCUUGCUGCAAUUGCUGGCCAAAGCAGGAGCCGUAUUCCAUGUCCGCACAAACCAGCCCCAGUCUCUAAUGCAUCUGUGCUGCAGCAACAACAUCACCGGCACAACCUUCAACCCCCACAACCGCACUCUAACCCCGGGCGGCUCGUCCGGCGGCGAAGGCGCCUCCAUGGGCUUUCGAUGUGCCCCGCUGGGAAUUGGCACUGACAUUGGCGGUUCGAUCCGCUGCCCGGCUGCAUUCUGCGGCGCCUACGGCUUCCGGCCUUCGGCGAUGCGCAACCCACUAGCGGGGAUUAAGGUCGCCGCAGCAGGCCAGGAAAAUAUCCAUGGUGUCGUGGGUCCUAUGGCGAGUUGCUCACUUGAGGACCUUGAGCUGUUUCAGAAAGUCGUGUUGGACCAGGAGCCCUGGGACGUUGAGACGUCGUUGAUGCCCGUGCCAUGGAAGAUGGUGACUCCGACUCGGAAUAUAACCGUGGCGAUUAUGUGGGAUGAUGGCUGUGUACGCCCUCAUCCCCCUAUCACACGAGCCCUUAAACAUGCCCGAGAGAAACUGAUAGCGGCGGGACUUAAAGUCGUCGACUGGGAGCCAUAUAAACACAAGCAUGGCUGGGAGAUUAUUUCUGCUCUCUAUUACCCCGACGCCGCCGCACUACAACGCCAACUCCUCCACGAAUCCGGCGAGCCAGCCCGCCCUCUCACCGAAUGGGCCUUCUCUUACAGCCAGCCCACGGCCCUGUCCCACCAAGAGACCUGGGUACUCCAAGAGAAGCGCGACAUCUAUCGGGACGAGUACAAUGCACUCCUCAAGCGCCGCGGCGUCGACUUCAUCCUCUCCCCGACACACCCGGCCGCCGCCGCCGUACUGGGCGAGUCCCAAUACUGGAACUACACGGCGAUCUGGAACGUGCUAGAUCUGCCUGCGGCGGUGUUUCCGUCGGGGUUGUCUGUGGAUCCGGUUCUGGAUGCUUUGUUGGCGCAGGACCGCAGAUACCAGCCGCGCAACGAGGCCGAUGAGAGGGAGUGGCGGAAGUAUCCGAGCCCUGAGCGGUAUGAGGGUGCGCCUGUUGCGUUACAGAUUGCCGGAAGGCGGUUUAAGGAUGAGGAGACUUUGGCUGCAGCGAGGGUUGUGGAGGAGAUUGUUCGGGGGCGGUUGGGCUCCAGGCUUUAG